AUGGGAAGAGGAAAAGUAGUUUUGGAGAGGAUAGAGAACAAGGUGAAUCGACAAGUGACAUUCGGUAAGAGGAAGAAUGGGAUGAUGAAGAAGGCUCAGGAGCUGUCUGUUUUGUGUGAUGCUGAGGUUGCCCUAAUUAUAUUCUCCAGCCAGGGAAAGCUUUUCGACUUCGGCACUGUCGGAACAAGAAGAACUGUUGAGAGAUACAUACAGCUGAAAUCUGGUGCGAAUGGAAGCAGUGCUGCUGAACAAGGAAAUCAGUCUAUUUACCACGUUGUGAACAAGUUAAAAACCAAAUAUCACUCUCUUCAUCUCUCUCAAAGGCAUUUACUUGGAGAAGAUCUGGAAGGACUUGGUCUGAAGAAAUUACUGAGUCUUGAGAAGCAGGUGGAGGCUACCCUCUCAAAGGCAAGAAAAUGGAAGACAAGAAAAAUGCUGGAAAAGAUGGAAACUUUGCGCAAAAUGGGAACUGAACUUGAAGAAGAGAACAAGCAACUCAAAUCAAAGCUGGAGAAAGAAACUAAGGCAGCAUUGGCAGAAGAUUCGGCUGUCCGUGUGGUGCGACCAAUGCUUUCAUUCCCGGAUUAGGAUUAAUAUAGUCAACUAUUUUAAAUAAAAACUUCAAAGGUCGAUCGAUCCUUGGAGAAGAUGCAGUUGAGCAACGCACAGGAUAUAUAUGCAUAUAUAUAUAUAUAUAUAUAUGAUAAAUGUGUGUGUGGAGUGAAAUUGCUUCUUAGACGACUAUCAUCAUACAGUAUAUUGUUAAUUAAUAUAUAAACCUUAUCAAAUAAAUCAGCAGAAUUAAACUUCACUGCAAAAUCGAGAG